GAAACGCCUGUCUGAAGUAUGCGUGGCUGCUUGUUCCUUGAAAGUCAGGACGAUAAAUGCUGCCUGGUGCCCUAACCCUGGGGACGAGCGCCAAUAUCAGCCCCGCCGGCUUGGCUGGAACAAGGCAAUCCGACAGGAGGAAGGCACCGUGCCGCGCGCCCCAUUGAUCUGUCGAGGAUCGACUUUAUGCCAUGCCAAUGUGUCCCUGACAGCUUUCACGAUUCCGGACCUGUCACAGAAAAAAAGACGCAAGCUGUGCUGUUGAUUUGAGCACAUUUCCUUUCAAAGGCACCCCCUAUCAGUCCGUGUCCGCGCGGCUUGCUCGGUUCCUUCGAUCCCGAGCCAUCUGUCGAUCCAGUCCUCGACUCGGCCAACGGCCCUCCCCGAUUCCUUUGACCUGCGAACAUCCAACUGCACCGGGCAGCCGCAGCAGCGGCGACACACGCAGGCACAACAUGUCAAAUCCCAACGCCCUCUUCCUCCUCGCCGACCACAUCAAGCUCUCGCUCCUCGAGAGGAAACGGGCCCGGUCGCUGGACCUCGCGGCCGGCGACACCCAGGAUGGCCACAUCGCGCGGUCGCUGGACCAGUUCCGUGAGGGGCUCGAGUCGCUCGACAAGGAGCACAAGCGGCUCGAGGCCGCCGGGGACGAAUCAAAAGCCCUGGAUCUCGCCGACGCCCUCCCGACGCUCCAGAAGCAGCUAGACGACCUGACGUCGCAGUUCCACGGCUUCUCGGCCCCCUCCAUUACCCUGACGAAGCCCAACGACCCAUCCCUGGCCGCCGACUUUGCCCACGCCAGCACCGUUCCCAGCAUCACCGGUGGCAGCAAGAGAUCGGUGUCGGGCGGCAGUGGUCCCAAGACGGUCCGCUUCUCGGACAACACCACCUCGCACGGCGGCGACGACGAUGACGACAGGGAUCUAGAGGCCGCGCGCUCGGGCCUCUUCGGCGGCGGCGGCAACAACAGCGGACCCUACCGCGACGACCCGGACGGCCCCUCGUACCGGGACCGCGCCGAGGGCAACGACGGCUCGGGCGGGCCGCCCAUGGACAACGUGCAGGUCCACGCCUACCACCGACAGGUGCUCGAGGAGCAGGACGCGCAGCUCGACGCGCUGGGCGCGACCAUCGGGCGCCAGCGCGAGCUGAGCAUGCAGAUCGGCGACGAGCUCGACUCGCACGUCGCCAUGCUCGACGAGUCGGAGCGCCUCGUCGACCGCCACCAGGGCGCCCUCGACCGCGCCCGCCGCCAGGUCGGCCGCAUCUCGAGGUCCGCCGGCGAGGGGCGCCAGAUGGCCAUCAUCAUCGCGCUUAUUGUUGUUCUGCUGCUGCUCAUUGCUAUUUUGAAGUGAGAGAGGGGAGGGAGAAAGAGCCUGUCAAAACAGCUUUGUUGGGUUUGCGUGGGUUUUGUGUGUGCGUUGUUUGGUCAUUUGCGUACAGACUCCCUUCCCCCCCCCUUUUUUUUCCUUCUACUGUUUCAACACUCUGUGAGCUUUUCGGAUACAAUAUGCAUGGGUCGGCGUUUUUAUAGCUCUAGGCCAGGAUAGCCUCCCUCUCGUGAGUUUUGUUGUUGGGCUCCUUGGCUUUUUUUGUUUUCUCCUUUUCCUCUAUUGUCGCAAUAUCAGGUCGAUGGCGGCUAGAUGUACAUCCAUCCCUCAUAAAGUGCUUAUGUUUGGUAUAUUUCUCGUCGAGGCCGUGUUGCUCGACAAUCCAACAACCAAACCCCCUUUGUUGGCGUCGCACUAUAGGAUAUGAACGGGUAAUCACCAAGUCGCGCUCAUACACUAGUUGGGGCCAGAUUUCAUGUCACAAGGCGAACUGUUCACUUUCUUGGGCUUUCAAGGGGUAGGCUGCAGGUGCUGAAGCUAGUAGAACAAGCGGAAGGCUGCUGUUGAGAAGUAGUCUCGCCGAAAAACCGAAGCAACAUGAUAUCCCAUCAACCUCGAGCCGACCACCGCUAUCAAGUGGCCGAUUGUGUCGGUAUCAUCAUUACGCCAAAAAAAAAAAACUUUUAACCAUCAAAACAAGGCAGGCCAUCCUCUACAAGAAAGCACACACAUCUUACCCGAAC